AUGGCGUCUGCCCAGGCGGAGAAGACCGAAAUGAAGGAAGAGGGAAUCAUUGAGGCUGCCACUGAGCUGACUCAGGAUCCCAAUUCCAAGGUCAACCCGGAUACCGUCGAAGACGCGCUCGUGAAGGAGAGUCGGAAGUCGGGGGUUCCUGCAUACCAAUUCGACCCCAAUGCCUCACCAGAGGACAAGGCAGCUGCAGCUCAAGCGCGGCUGCCACCAGGCUUCCAUCACGAUAAGAAACCGAAAGGAAUUGCAGUCAUCACGGAUAAGGAUGAUGGAAAAGCGGAUUAUGAUCUCCCCCCGCCGCGCUCAGCCACCGCUCUCAUCGCUGAGGAUGCAAAUGCGCCCGAGGGACAGAAAGGAGACAUGGACGAGGACUUGAGGUGGGCCCGUGAUCGCACCGGUUGGGCGCCCAAAUUUCACGAAGAACGAACCGAGGAGGAGAUGGCAGAGGGCACAUUGCUUGACCACCAAACAUUUUUGGAGGGCCGAAUUUCGGAUAAGUUUUACGGCGACUGGUACCACAAUGCUGGUGUGAUUGCGUUUGCCUGCUUGAGCUCGUGGAUCAUCGCUAUUUUCGGCGGUGGUGUGGGCUGGGUGCUCUUGGUCAUGGCGGCAUGCAGCACCUACUACCGUACCUCGCUCCGUCGGGUGCGCCGCAAUUUCCGUGACGAUAUUAACCGGGAAAUGGCCAAGGCUCGCCUGGAGACUGACACCGAAAGUCUCGAGUGGAUCAACAGCUUUCUCGUUAAGUUCUGGCCCAUCUAUGCCCCGGUUCUUUGCGACACCAUCAUUAGCUCCGUGGACCAGGUGCUGAGUACCUCGACCCCCGCUUUCCUCGAUAGUCUGCGCCUGAAGACCUUUGUCCUUGGUACCAAGCCCCCCCGUCUCGAGCAUGUCAAGACCUACCCUAAGACCGAGCCCGAUACCGUCAUCAUGGACUGGAAAUUCAGCUUCACUCCCAACGAUACCAUGGAUUUGACUGCGCGCCAACUCAAGGACAAGGUCAAUCCCAAGAUUGUCCUGGAAGUUCGCGUCGGUAAAGGUGUUCUCAGCAAGGGUCUAGAUGUGAUUGUCGAGGAUAUGGCCUGCUCAGGCUUGAUGCGCGUCAAGGUUAAACUGCAGCUUUCCUUCCCGCACAUUGAGCGUGUGGAUGUCUGCUUCUUGGAGAAGCCCGAACUCGACUACGUCUGUAAGCCGCUUGGAGGUGAUUACCUUGGGUUUGACAUCAACUUCAUUCCUGGUCUGGAGAAUUUCAUCAAGGAGCAGAUCCACAACAACCUCGGACCCAUGAUGUACGACCCGAACGUCUUCCCGAUUGAGAUCGCUAAGAUGCUGGCCGGAAAUCCCGUGGAUCAAGCCAUUGGUGUUGUCGCUGUCACACUGCACGGUGCUAAUCAGCUCAAGAACCCCGAUAAGUUCGCGGGUACUCCGGAUCCAUAUGCCGUGGUAUCUUUGAACGGCCGAACAGAGCUGGGUCGCACUAAGACCAUACACGAUACCGACAGUCCUCGCUGGAACGAAACCAUCUAUGUCAUCAUUACUUCUUUCACAGACGCAUUGGCUAUCAAGGUCUUUGAUUGGAAUGAAUUCCGCAAGGACAAGGAACUUGGUGUUGCUUCUUUCGGAUUGGACAAGCUCGAGGCAGAGCCUUCCCACGAGGGCGCCUUCCUGGAGGUCCUCGCCAGUGGCCGUCAUCGCGGUGCUAUACAGGCGGACAUUCGCUUCUUCCCCGUUAUGGAAGGCAGAAAGCUGGAGAGUGGCGAGACCGAGCCCCCGCCAGAGCUGAACACCGGUAUUGCACAAUUUACUGUCGAGCAAGCCAAGGAUCUUGAUGGCUCUAAGGGUUUGGUCGGUAAAUUGAAUCCCUAUGGUAUCCUGCUACUGAACGGCAAGGAAAUUCAUACCACCAAGAUCCUGAAGCGGACCAACAACCCUAUCUUCCAGGAUGCCGCCAAGGAAUUCUUGAUAACCGACCGUAAGAACGCUAAACUUGGUCUGAUCAUCAAGGACCACACUGAUUUGAUGACCGAUCCCAUCAUUGGUCGGUACCAAAUCAAGAUGAACGACAUGCUCAAGAUGCAGGAGCAAGGCAAGCAGUGGUUCCAUCUCCAUGGAGCCAAGGCUGGGCGUGCCAAGUUGAUCCUGGACUGGAAGCCUGUUGCCCUGGGAAGCGUUGCUGGUGGCGCUGGUUACAUUGAUCCCAUUGGUGUGAUGCGUUUCCACUUCAAGCGUGCGACUAAUCUACGCAACCUGGAAGCCAUGGGCAAGUCUGACCCGUACGCUCGUGUACUGCUGUCUGGCUUGACCAAGGGCCGUACUGUGACGUUCCGGAACAACCUGAAUCCCGAAUGGGACGAGGUUGUAUAUGUUCCCAUCCGCAGCGCUCGCGAGAAGCUGACCGUGGAGGUUAUGGAUGAGGAGACCAUCAACAAAGACCGUACCCUUGGCUGGGCCGAUCUGAAAGCUUCUGACUUCGUUCACGAGAACGAGGCUGGUGAGUAUGAGAUCGACAAUGAGAAGCAGCUGCUGAGCAGUGACCUUCGCAUUGGCUCCGGUCCCAACAAGGGUGUCCUCAACUAUACUGUUUCCUUCUUCCCUAGUGUCCCUGUGGUUAAUCCCGAGGACGAGGCUGAGGAAGACGAAGCGGAGAAGACAGAGAAGAAUGGCGACGCUGAGACCCCUGGCACGCCCCUCAAGAGUACUCACUCCAAGACUGCUAGCGUGGACUCCAAGGCUUCCAAGGCCCUGUCUAACGGAAUGACCUCCAACGGUACCUCGAAUGGGGAUCCGGCCACCAAUGGCCGUGCCAGUAUUGAGACUAGUCUUUCUCGCACGCUCACUGGCCGCGAUUCUGAGACCGCAUCUGUCCGGUCCAUGAAGGAGGUCCCCAAGACCUACGUUGGAGCCGAGGAUCUUUCCAAAUACGAGUCUGGCUUCAUCGUAUUCAAGUUUCAUGAAGGCAAGCUGGCUCACAGUCAUGUGCAACUGGAGGUUCUGAUUGAUGACUACAUGUUCCCCGCCUACGUUUCGCCCAAAAUCCACGGAAACACUAUAAAUCAUACGGAUAUUGGCGAGGCCUUUGUGCGUGAGCUGGAAUUCUCCAAGCUCACCCUGCGCCUGGUCAAUAAGGAUGACCCCAAGGAUUCUAGCGAGGAGCACACCGUUGCUAAGCUGACUGGUGAUACUCUGCCAACCCUGCAGCGCAUUCUCUACAACCCUACCGAACUAAUCCUUCGCUCCAACGCCGGAGAGGUGAGCAAGGUCACUGUUAGCGCUCGCUACAUUCCCGUACAGAUGAAGCUUGACCCCAUGGAGAGCAUCAACAACAUGGGUAGCCUUCGUGUUGAUAUUUUGGACGCCGCGGAUCUGCCCUCGGCCGACCGAAACGGAUUCAGUGAUCCUUACUGCAAGUUCCGCAUUGGCGAAGACAACAAGGAUGUUUACAAGACAAAGGUCCAGAAGAAGACCCUUCACCCAUCCUGGAAUGAGUUCUUCGAGACCCCCAUCACGUCUCGGAUUGGUGCCAACUUCCACGUCGACGUCUACGAUUGGGACUUUGGUGACUCCGCCGAUUUCUUGGGUGCUGCCCCGAUUGAUCUUGAAUCAUUGGAGCCCUUCCAGGUUCAAGAGGUUACCCUGCCUCUGAAUGGCAAGUCUGGUGUCAUUCGCCUGAAGCUGCUCUUCAAGCCUAACUACGUUACUCGAUCUCGACAAGGCUCUGCCACCUUUUCGGGCACCUUUGCCGUGCCCGGAAAGAUUGUCGGCGCUCCCGUCAAGGGUGUUGGAUUUGUUGGUGGCAAUGUGGUCCGCGGUGCCUCUUUCCUUAAGCAUGGUGUCAUGUCCCGCAUACACAAGAGCAAGCAAAGUGAUGCCGAUGCCGUAUCCGUGACAGACAGCACCAUUGAAGAAGGCCACGGCUCCCCCUCAGGUGGCUUGUCUCCUUCUGCCGCUCUGGUUGAUGGUACUCCCGGAUCCGUCACCCCAACCAAAGAGCAUAGUCGCAACCGCAGCACCGCUUCUCAAUUUGGCGAUAAUUUGAGCGUCAUUGGUGGCGUUGGCCGUGGCGAGACGGGCACUGCACACAUCACAAUUGUCUCGGCAUCAAACUUCCCUCCAUCCGCUCACCUGCGGGUGAUUGUGCGCGCGCAGGGUUCCAAGGGCAUGAAGGAACUCCACAAGACCAAGGCCCACAAGGUCAGCGGUGACACCGUGGUCUACGAUGACACCUUCAAGGUCCCCAACGCCGCUGCUGAUGCACUUUACCAAGUCCGCGUCGUUAACCACUCGACCUUUGGCUCUGACGACGUCUUUGGCGAAACUCCAUUCCCUGUGUCUGACCAGGGCUCUGAUGCCAACCAGGAUAAGACUAUCCCUGUUGGUUCUGGCUCAGUGAUCAUUCGCUCUAGCUUCACUCCCUCGGAGUCCAGCUUGCGUCCUACUACCUCGCACUCCACCGCCGGUCUUGAUGUCGACGGAUCCGAGAGCCCUGAUUCCCGCAAGCCAUCCCGUCGCAGCUUCCUCAGCAGUAAGCGAAGUGUCAGCGGUGCUUAA